CUGAGCGGGGCCGGGCAGGGCUGAGGGCGUGAGAGGACCGGGCAGGGCAGGACUGGGCUGAGCAGGGCCGGGCAGGACUUGAGGGCAUGAGGGGCGUGAGAAGGACAGGCAGGGCUGAGGGCGUGAGGGGGCCGGGCAGCGCCAGGCAGGGCGUGAGGGGCGUGAGGGGGCCGGGCAGGGCUGAGCAGGGCUUGAGGGCAUGAGGGGCAUGAGGGGGCCGGGCGCGGCUCCUCCGCCUUUGUGGCGCUGUCCCCGCCGCCCGCCUUGUCGCGCUGUGUCGCAGCGUGGUGGCGGAGCAGCUCAUCCUGCUGCUCUUCUUAUCCAGACAAGGCUCCGUCCUGUGGGCUCUGGCGCCGCCUCCCUCCCGAGAUCCGACUGCUCUGGGGUCACUGCUGCCAGCUGUCAUUAGUCUUUAAUGAAUUAAGAGUUCUCUAAGAUUAGACACGAGGGUUUUUUUUCUCCUGUAGGCUCUAAGUGCAGAGGGCUGAGGGAAUUGCCGGUGAAAGAUCCUUUUUAUUCUUGACCAAGGUGGCUGUGGUUCCCGGGGGAGGGACCCCUCAGCUGGGCUCUCGGUUUUACAGAAGCCUUGCCGUGCCUCUCCCAGGCUGGCUCCAGGCAUCAGAGGAAGGAGAACACGGUAUUAUUUUGGCUGAAGUGCUCAGCUUCAAGACGUCACUUUGUUCCUCACAGCUUGGAGGAAUAUGAAGCCACUUGGAAAAGUGCUUUGUGCUACAGGGGUGGUAGCUGGGCUCAUAGCUUUCUUCUGGAAAGACGACUUUAACCCAGAGAGCCUGUCUGGUGCCCGUGUUCUCGUGACUGGAGCCAGUGCGGGCAUUGGAGAGCAGAUAGCAUAUCACUAUGCCAGAUUUGGUGCUGAAAUUGUGUUGACUGCCAGGAGGGAAGCUGUGCUGCAGAAGGUGAUGGAGAAAUGCCUGGCACUCGGAGCAAAGAAAAUAUUUUACAUCCCUGCAGAUAUGUCUUCCCCUUCAGAGCCUGAAAAGGUGGUGCAGUUUGCUGUCCAAAAGCUGGGGGGCCUGGAUUACCUCGUGUUGAACCACAUCGGCACCAACCGCUUCCAGGAGUGGACGGGGGAUGUGGAAUACACCCGCUGGCUCAUGCAGGUGAAUUUUUUGAGUUAUGUGGCUCUUGCAACAGCAGCUCUUCCCACCCUGGAGAAGAACAGAGGUGCUCUGGUGGUUGUUUCUUCCCUCACAGGGAAAAUGCCCACUCCCUUCACCACUUCUUACUCUGCCACCAAGUUUGCACUGGAUGGAUUCUUCAGCUCACUGCGCCACGAGCUCAUCAUGCAGAAGAGAGAUGUGUCUGUCACACUGUGCAUCCUGGGCCUGAUUGACACCGAGUCAGCACUGGAGUCCACCAGGGGCAAAGUGCGCCUCAGCGCCUCCCCCGCUCCCGAGGCCGCGCUCGCCAUCGUCCGGGGCGGGGCCGCUCGGGCACACGAGAUUUUCUACCCGCGGUGGCUGCAGCAGCUCUGCUGCCUCUGGGCUCUGUUCCCCAGCAGCGGGAACCAAGUGCUACGGACUUUCUAUAACUACAGCAGUCCCUGAGGGAUGCCCAGUCUCAUCCUGCAGCCCUUCUGAUCACAUUCCCGCCAUCCCACUAAGCAUCCCCCUCAACCGCUGCUGUCAGUCGGGAGCAGGGCAGCAGUGGUGGCAACGUCCCCUUUUCCUAACGUGACUCACGGUCUGUCAU